AUGGCUGAUUCUGCAACAGAGAUUGAUUUGGACUCGGUAAUCGACCGGUUGUUGGAAGUUCGUGGUAACCGACCCGGAAAGCCAGUUCAAUUACAAGAGUACGAAAUCAAAUACCUUUGCACGAAAGCACGCGAGAUCUUCAUAAAUCAGCCGAUAUUGCUGGAACUAGAGGCACCUAUAAAGAUUUGCGGUGAUAUUCAUGGUCAAUACUACGACCUACUUCGACUCUUUGAAUACGGGGGAUUUCCACCAGAAGCGAACUACCUCUUCCUGGGUGAUUACGUCGACCGGGGCAAACAGUCACUCGAGACAAUCUGCCUGUUACUAGCAUACAAGAUAAAGUACCCUGAAAACUUCUUCAUCCUUCGGGGCAACCACGAAUGCGCAAGUAUCAACCGUAUUUACGGCUUUUAUGACGAAUGCAAGCGGCGCUACAAUAUCAAGCUGUGGAAAACAUUUACCGACUGUUUUAACUGUCUACCCAUUGCUGCCAUCAUCGAUGAGAAAAUUUUCACCAUGCAUGGCGGACUAAGUCCUGACCUCCAAUCCAUGGAGCAAAUACGGAGGGUUAUGAGACCGACAGACGUUCCUGAUACUGGGUUGCUUUGUGACCUACUAUGGUCGGAUCCAGACAAGGAUAUCACCGGGUGGUCGGAGAACGAUCGUGGCGUCUCCUUCACUUUCGGACCGGACGUGGUUUCGAGAUUUUUGCAGAAACACGAUAUGGAUCUCAUUUGUAGGGCACACCAGGUCGUAGAAGACGGUUACGAAUUUUUUGCUAAGCGACACUUGGUGACGCUCUUUUCGGCACCGAACUAUUGUGGGGAGUUCGAUAAUGCUGGCGCAAUGAUGAGUGUCGAUGAGACGCUGUUAUGCUCCUUCCAGAUCCUAAAGCCGGCUGAAAAGAAGGCGAAAUAUCCGUAUGGCAAUAUGAACAUGGGGCGGCCGGUGACACCACCUCGCAAACAGAAGAAGAAGGAUAGCAAGAUGGGUUAA